GUUAUGUAAACAACGUCAUUUGCAUAGAACAUGACUAGAAAAACCCAUGGGAACCAAUGGAUGUAAACCAUGUUAUUAGGGCGACAUGGGACUCAACACGGCGCGGAUCGGGCGAUCAGAAACGCUCGGAUCGAUGAUUUAAGUUUAAACUGCACAAUAGUCGAAGUUUUCCAUUAAUUCCAGCUGUGCGCCUCUCCGCGCGCACGUCACUUAGAGAGGCGGUCCUAGGUGAAGCCUCUGUUUGGCAUGUUGUAGUCCGUUUCUUGCGUUCUGCUUCAGUUGCUGUGCUUUUCUAAGUGGGCAAGGGGCGAAGGAUGAAAGAGCUGAGGAGCUCCUUAUUCUCCCACCAGGUUUAUGAGCCUCUGAGAAUGUUCCAAUGCUAAGCCCCUCCCUCUGCUGAGUCGACUUCCCCACCGUGAGGAGCUACAGUCCAGCUCAUACCCGUCUCUUUUCGUCGUGUGGUGAGGCACCAUCACCAUUGUCAUCAUCGUCCCUGGCGACGUCCAUGUCAGCGGACGUAGAGAACACGAUGACCAUGUCCACACCGGCCGCCGACCCUAGCCCCGCCUCCCCUACCAGCUCGCCCACCUCCCCUUCGUCCAAGCCCGCCACCAUCAAGAAGAAAAAAGUCCCGGAGAAGUCGGAUGAAUACCUGCUGGGCAGGUUUCAAGGGGAUGGCGUGAGGUACAAGGCCAAGCUGAUAGGCAUCGACGACGUCCCCGAAGCAAGGGGGGACAAGAUGAGCCAGGAUUCCAUGAUGAAACUCAAGGGCAUGGCUGUAGCCGCUCGCUCCCAAGGAAAACACAAACAGAGGAUAUGGAUCAACAUUUCCAUGUUGGGCAUCAAGAUCAUUGACGAACGAACAGGGGUUAUUGAGCACGAGCACUUGGUGAAUAAGAUCUCCUUCAUCGCCCGGGAUGUGACCGAUAACAGAGCAUUCGGCUACGUGUGUGGAGGCGAGGGGCAGCAUCAGUUCUUUGCCAUAAAGACUUCUCAACAGGCUGAGCCGCUGGUGGUGGAUCUGAAGGAUCUGUUCCAAGUCAUCUUCAACAUGAGGAAGAAGGAGGCCGACGCAGCACAGAAGGGGGAAAAUGGCAGCGUCAUUGUUGAGAAUGGAAGCGCUGCCUUGCCCACUGUGGAGGGAGAAGCCAAACCUUCCCAACCAAUGAACCAAGUGGAUCUUUUCGGGGUCAUGUCCACCCCUUCAGGCGACCUCUCCCCCCCCGAGACUAAUGAUAUUCUCUUGCUGGACUUGUCCGCGGAGGUUGACAGCAAUCAGAAUUGUAUAAAGGGAAACCCGUUUGUCACUUCCUGUGCCCCUAGCACUUGGCCGUCUACGCAGACAGAGAAUCCCUUUUCCUCCACGUUUGGCUUCUUUCCAGUGCCAAACAGUGACCCUUUCAGAGAUGACCCCUUCUCGAAAUCGCCCCCCACCCAGCCGGCGCCCCCCCAUAACGCACAGAUCUCUCUGACUAGCAGGGAUCAGAGCCCCGGCUUUACGGGCCCCGUCGAUGACGAGGCCCUCUGCCACGGGGGCCAGGGUGGGGAGCAGGACCACGGUCUCGGCGAGCAGAUGAACGGGUUAAGCAGGAAGGACAUGAUGUUGGCCUUCAGUCAGGGCCAGUGGCCGCUAGAAGGCGCGGUGGCCCAGGAGCAGAGCUCACUGGAGGCGACGGACAUGCUAUUCCAAAACCCUUUCAGCAACGCAUCGGUGGCGAGUGCCUCCCCUCCUAACGGCGUACCGCACGCCACAAGCCCGACCUUUUCGAAGGACUCGGUGGUCCUUAGCCCACCCCCGCAGAACACUAAGGCUGGACGCGGUCGAAGGGCUGCUGGUGCAAAGUCUACACCCAGUGAUCUGUUCGGGGCCCAGGUGAUGGCGAACGCUGGUCAGACCGGGGACUUCUCAGAAGAGGCAGACUUCUUCAGCAGUACGGCUCCACCUGCCCAGCCUGCGUCCUCCUCCCUCAGCGCUCUGGAGAGUCUCCAUCUGGGCCCCCAGGGGACCACCUGCGCCCCCGGCCCCACCAUGUGGGGAGCCCCCCCAGCCUCCACCAUGCACUCCAUGUUCUCCGCGCCGGCAGGGGGCCCUCCCAUGGGCUUCCAGGGGCCACCGCACGGAUUCCCCCAGCCGCAUGCGUACGGCCCGCCCGGGUCUUGGGGCCCACAGGUCCCCGGUCCAUUCGGGGUCCCGGGGAUCCCCCAGCCUGCCACCGCCUGGAUGCAGCCCCCUCACGCCGGCCCCGUCGGAGCCCCCGUCUGGGGCCAGCAGACCUCGAUGAGCAACCCUUUCCAGCCCGCCUCCAGCCACAUGCCUCCGCCCAGGCCUCCGCCCAGGCCGCCGGUGAGUGAAGCCCCGCCCAAGGUAGAGAAAAGCGCCUUCACCGCCCUGGACCCCCUGGGGGAGAAGGAGAAGAAGACGGGGAAGGACAUGUUCAAGGACUUCGUCCUCACUCCGCCCGCCAUCCCGGCCCGGAAGGGGGAGCAGGUCGCCGGCAGCAACGGAGGCGAGGCUUUCAACCAGUACUUUCAAAAUAAAGUGGGCGGUAUUCCUGUAGAUGCGGAACACAGUGACUUUGACUUCAAUCAAAUGUCCCCUGGGAACGAUGUUCCUAAACCAACCGUGCCCCCUGUCACAGCACCAAUGGCCCAACCCGGACUUCUGGACGCUUUCUCCUCGUGUCCGGUCACGGGGCCUGCGCCUGGGCAAGUGCUGAACCCUAACAUCUUUGACGACGCAUUCGGGGCGCCAAAUGCCGGCAGUCCCUUUGGAGCGCCACCAAUGGCUAUGCAAAGCGCUCCAGUUGUCCAGGCGUCUAACCCUCCGAAUGCCUUUGACGACCCCUUCGGGAAUCCCUUUGCUUGACUGUAACCAUAGCAACAACGGGGCGACCUGAAGCUCAUGAGUAUCGGAAUAUGGUGAUCAUCAUGUAUUGUAGACGUCGGUUCACAGCUGCUGCGACGUACGAGGGAAACCAAAUGAUCCACUCCUGCCUCGACCCUCAGACGGCAAAUGAUGACAAAGAAAAAAAAUACGCUUCAGCAUCUCCACCUUUUUAAAGAAUUUCGUCCUGUUGUAAUAAAUCAAUUGUUUUCUUGAGUGUCUUUCAAAUGCAACUGAAUGUGAUGUAAAAGGGAGUGUUCAAAAAGGGAAUGUUUUUGUCGUGAUCUGCUGAAGGAAUAAAGACACACUAAAUGGUGGCUGGGGUGGGGGGGACGUCUAAACCCGUUCAAUGCUGCAAUGUUUGUGUACAACCAAAUAGUUUAUAUAAAAGAGAGAAAUAAUCUUCUGUGUGUUGUUGUUGCUUCAGGAAUAACAUUGCGUCUGUUGUCAUUCACUUUUGGAAGUCGUUGAGUAGCCUUCUCUGUUUUGUUUCUCACGGCUUGAUUAUCAGUGACGACAGCAACAAUAUGCAACACAGUGGGAGGGUUACAACUGUGAGCGAGAUCUGUUAUAGGUGGAACAUGAGCCGCUGGAGAAAGUUGCAAUAAACCGUGGCACUACAAUUCUGAAAGUGGUCAGCAACAAUACUCUGAAGCUGCAGCCUUCAACCGAUGGAUGAAGUGGCCGUAUUGUGCCUCUCAAACAUCCCCACAGCUUUAUAACCAACUGCAGCCCCAAACAGUGACCACACAACGGCUUGUGCCAUCAGACAUGGUCUACGCUCACUCACCAGUGUUUUUAAAUGGUUAUUUGAGAAGCUGAAGACUUGCAGCCGGUUUGGACAUGUCAGGGCCUUAUCCCGUGACCUCUGUAACAAGAGGUUUGCACCCACAGAACUAACUAGAAUGGUGCAAUGCCAGGAAUUUGGAGCUGGUACAGGGGCCCACCAUUUCCCACAAAUACAAUAAUUCCCAAUUUUUUGUUGUGAUUUAUAAUUGUGUGGAAUUAACACACUUUAUGAAUUAAAAAGCAAUGUAAUACGUUUCAGCCACAUUUCUUCUUAUUAGGCUUUGCAUAACCAUCAGGUGUGCCUGAAAGUGGUCGUUCAUUGUGUAUAGGCCUACAUAGGCCUCAUCUGCCAUGGUGAUAAAUAAAGGCAUGUGAUUUAAUCAUUAAGUUCAGUCUCUUGUUC